AUGCCCUUCAAGGUUCUUAGUUACAUCCUGGGGAAACUGAGGGAGCCUGCUGAUGUAUUCAGAAAUGGCUUAGGACCCUCUGAGACCUUGGAAGGGGGCUGCCUGCACAGUCUGCACAACACAGUCACCCACGCCUGGUGCAGCUGCACACCCGUUACCCGGCAACCAGAGAUCGGUGACAGGGCUCCUGGGGGCGUCGGCCACCGCCCCCUUCCGGAGCCAAAUGCUUGGAUUCUAUUCCAAUACUCACAUGGUCGUUCGCCAACCUCUGUAGCUUGCAAUUCCAGGGGAUUCGACUCCCUCUUCUGUCUUCUGCGAGCAUCAGGAACGGACCAUGCUAACGUUCUACCGGCUUUCUUCCGCUCCAUCGAUUGCCCAUACUGGGCGGGAGCUCCCGGGGGGCCUUGCCGGCGGCCCUACUGCCACUCUCCGGCACCCUGCGGAGCUCGGGGCCCCGGCAGCGGAGGCGCGGCGUCUCCCGCAGCAGGGCUUGGCUAUGACCCGUACAACCCAGAGCUGCCUCAGCCUCCUGCACAGAGGGAGAAUGGCACUCUGGGCCAAGGUGAUGGCAUGCUGGAGCUGGAGCUGGUCAACCAGGCCAUUGAGGCUGUGCGUGGCGAGGUGGAACUGGAGCAAAGGCGCUACCAGGAGCUCCUGGAGACAGCACGGGGGCACGGCGCCGGGUCUUCAGCCCUGGUGCCCUGCAGCCCUGCCAUGAGCCUAGAUGACGAUGACACCUUCUCUCUGGCCCUCACCUAUACACCAGGUGCCCUGCUGAGCCCAGACUCGGCCUAUCAGCCCACCCCACUGGCCGCCCCUGCUGAGCCAGGUCACAAGUACUCACUGGCCCCUUCAGAGGGGGGUCAGAGCAGAGCUGGGGGGGGCGUCAGUGCCCUGGAGUAUGUCCCCAAGGCUGUGAGCCAGCCGCGCCGCUGUGGCCGACCCGUGUCUGGUGGCAAGUACGUAGUGGACAGCUCAAAGCCAUCAACAGAUCUGGAGUACGACCCACUGUCCAACUACUCAGCUCGGCACCCUUGGCAGGGUCGUGCCAGGGAUGAGAGAGCUACCAAGCGACCACGAGGCUCCCAGGGUGCUGAGCCCUACACACCUGCCAUCAAGAAGCUCUGUGACCCCUUUGGUGGCUGUGAGGCCAGGUUCUCAGACUCAGAAGACGAUGUGGCCAGCCCACCGAAGGCUGAUACAGGCAGCCCCAAGGCUGAAGCUGACCAUGAAAGCAAGGCACCUGGGAAACGUGCCUUCGAGGAGGGCAGUCUGCGCACCAAGGAGAUGGCUGUGCAGUAUGACGUAGAAGACCUUGGGCAGCCUCCCAAAGCAGCAGACACAGUGGCCUUGGCCAAGCUUGGCUCCCCAGCCAGGGCAUCUCAAGAUGCUGGGGUCCCCAAGGAUAGCAAAGCCAAGAAGAAGAAAAGUGGGACACUGGCCAGCCUCAGCCACAAGGACAAGGCCCGCAAAAAAGACAAGAAAAAAGACAAGGAACCAAGACGGCCCCGGGAGAAGGAGAAGCUAUGUGCAGACAAGAAGAAAGCCACAACUGGCAGCCCUCGGGGCAAGACCCAGGGCUCUGAAGGGACCAAGAAAAAGCCAUCCAACAUGACCACAGUAGCCAGCUCAGGAAAGGGGGGACUAGGUCGCCCCUCCAGUGGAGUGCUGCAGCCUACCCGCCACUGGCCUGGUCCUCACCCGCCACUGGCCUGUAAAGGUGGCAGCGCUAGGAAGUCAUCAUCGGGGAAGUUAGUGGAACGCAAGACCCGCUCCCUGGAUGAGGGUGCCUCCCAGAGCACCCCUAAGCUCAAGAAACGGGCUCUGAGCCACGCUGAAUUGUUUGGGGAUGAGAGCGAGGAGGAGGACUUGGGCGUGGGGGCCGGGGCACUCCGGGUCUGGCCCCCCACCCUGCCCAACCUCAGCUCAGACUCAGAUUCAGACUCUGACUCCAGCCUGGGCCUGGGGGAGACGCAGGUGCCCAAGCGUCUCAAGGCCGUGCCACCCACAUCCCCCGCACCUCCCUCCCCAUUGUCCUCCUCCUCCUCGGGCGCCAGCCAGUGUGCAGAGGAGGAUGUGGACUACUCAGCCCUGGAGAAGGAGGUGGACUUCGAUGCGGACCCCAUGGAGGAGUGCCUGCGGAUCUUCAAUGAGUCCACCAGUGUGAAGGCAGAGGACAAGGGCCGGCUGGCCCGGCAGACCCCCAAAGAGGCAGCCUCGGAGAAGGAACAUGCAGGCCUGACCACUUUGUUCCCAGGGCAGAAGAGGAGGGUCUCACAUCUCAGCAAGCAAGGCAAGGAGACAGAGGCCCCAAGGAGGGUUCCUGUGGCUCCCCAGCACGGCCCCCCCACUGCUCAGGAGGUGUGGUACAGGCGAGCACAGCAGGCACAGAGGGACUCCGCUAGCUGGCUACAGGGUGCCCCGAAACCGACAGACAGGCCCUCCUCUGUGCAUAUCUCGGCCCCUGGGGAGAAGAGGAGGAUCGCUCACGUACCCAACCCCCGCCUAGCCACCGCCCCCACAGGUGCCAAGAGGGCGCUACCUACCAGCAGCAGCCAGGCAUCCCACGGUCCUGAGCCUGGCAGCCAGCCGCUGAAGACACGCACGUUGUCAGGGAUGGCAUCCAAGACCACCACCACCGUCACCCCUAAGCGCAUCGCCCACAGCCCGUCACUCCAGAGUCUAAAGAAGCCCAUUAUCCCAAAAGAAUUUGGCGGCAAGGUCCCCACUGUGGUCCGCCAGCGCUAUCUCAACCUGUUCAUCGAGGAGUGCCUCAAGUUCUGCUCGUCCAACCAGGAGGCCAUUGAGAAGGCACUGAACGAGGAAAAGGUGGCAAACGAGCGCAGUCCCAGCAAGAACAUAUACCUGAAUGUGGCCGUGAACACCCUCAAGAAGCUGAGGGGCUUGGUCCCCAACACCGUGCCCAGCCUCAGCAAAGCCAGUGGCCGCAGGGUUGUGUCCCAUGAGGUGGUGCUGGGGGGCAAAUUGGCAGCCAAGACCAGCUUCUCACUAAGCCGCCCCAGCAGCCCCCGGGUGGAGGAUCUGAAAGGGAGUGCCCUCUAUAGCCUUCUCAGGGGACUACCUGCUCACCCAGAGCAGCUCAAGGAGAAUGGCUAUCCUUUCCCUCACCCAGAGCGCCCAGGGGGCGCCGUCAUCUUCACAGCUGAGGAGAAGAAGCCCAAAGACCCUCCUGCCAGAAUCUGCUGUCGCUGUGGCAACGAGUACCUUGUGGUCCUCCUCGGCCGCUGUGUGCGCAGUGAGGAGUGUCCUACACACUGGGGGCGACUGCGGCGGAACCGAGUGGCUGGGGGUUGGGAGACCCAGUAUAUGGUUUGCUGCUCCGCUGCGGUCGGCUCUCUGGGCUGUCAGGUUCCCCAGCAACACGUGCAGGACGGCCGGAAGGAGAACCUGGAAGGCUUUGUGCGCACACUUCCAGAAGGAUCUAACCAGAGAUUUCCCACGCAGGGGUCCUUCGCCCUCGACUGUGAGAUGUCCUACACUACAUAUGGCCUGGAGCUGACCCGCGUUACAGUCGUGGACACAGACACGGUCGUGUACGACACCUUUGUCAAGCCUGACAAUGAAGUUGUCGACUACAACACCAGGUUCUCCGGGGUGACAGAGGCCUACCUUGUAGACACAAGUAUCGACUUGCGGGAUGUGCAGGCCGUCCUGCUGAUGCAUGUUUCAGGCGCUGACACCAUCCUCAUCGGACACAGCCUGGAGAGUGACCUGCUGGCCCUCAAGGUGAUCCAUGGCACGGUGGUGGACAACGUCGGUGCUGUUCCCAACCGCCGGGGCCUGCCCUACAAGCGCUCCCUGCGGAACUCAUGGCCGACUACCUCAUCAGAACAGAGUCAUCCAGACAAUGUGGAUGGGCACAGCUCCAGUGAUGAUGACGCCUGCAUGCACCUUGUCUGGAAGAUCCGAGAAGACGCCAAGACCAAGCGAUGACUCCCCACCCACCGCCACCACUAACCGUGCCCUCCCUUCCUACGACCCUGGCUGCCCUUAGCCCCCUAUGCCCCGUGGCCUCUUUUCAACUGUGUAAUAAAACAUGACAGCUGACCAUGUGCUUCCCGAGCUCAGGCUCCAGGUCUGCAGUGGCCCUGAGCUGGACUGAGACCGAGCGUGCCCUGAGCCCUACCAGUCCCACAAUCACCCCCCUCCUGUCCCUGAGCCUGCAGCUGCCCAGGAUAGAGCUGGCCUGGCCCCUGUGCCCAGUCAGCCCCCACCCCUCCUGCUGCUCAAGGCAAUGGUCCUUCCUUCCUCCCUCCCUCCCUCCUUUGUAUAUAACACAGGCUACAGGACACCCCUCGUGGUUUGAGACAGGGGUUGUCCUUUUUUACUUUAUACUGUUAUUUUUAUUAAUUUUUAAUUUAAAACCUGCUGACCUGCACAACCUCCUCAGCAGAGGAGUUCAGCAGCCCUGGUGCCACUGGGAUCCAGGGGCUGACCCCACAGUCAGUCCCAUGGCCUGGAUGUUCUGCCCUGCCUUGUGGGGUGGCUUCCAGAACUCACCCCAACCCACCAGAACUCUCCAGCCUCAGAGCCAAGCCAGCCUCAAGGCCGCUUCCUGGGGGCUGCUGCUCUCUCCAGUGGUAUGAAACAGAAUAAAUGUUUGUAUGAAGUUUA